UUUGUGCAGAGACGAGGGAGUGGUUAGGUCUUAUAGGAGCUGCGUCUGAACGAUACCUUUGCAAGAAACUUUGUUCACGAAAAUGAACGCCGCUUCAAAUAAUACGACAUUUCUUUUCACCUCCGAAUCUGUGGGAGAAGGACAUCCCGGUAAGUUUAUGCUCAGGUACUAUUUAAGUCAUUUAAAUUUUGAGCAUGUUAGUGGUUUUUCGUCGAUCGAAGCUAGAAAAUAUGUAACUUUCAACUAUAUAUACAAUAUUCAAGACGUUCGAGUCAAUGCAAAUGCUCUUACUCUUACUCUUAGUUAGCUCUUAAAUUAUUAUAUAAUAUAAUUUGUUCGAAAUGUUCAAAUGGUAAAUGUUGUUUAGCUAGUAUAGGUCGACCUAAUGUACUUUUCUGUCCAAUUUUUAGAUAAGAUUUGUGACCAAGUUUCAGAUGCUGUCCUAGAUGCACAUUUAGCUCAAGAUCCAAACGCCAAAGUCGCUUGCGGUAUGAUUUUAUUAUACUGUAGAAUAUCGAAAGUAACAUCUAAAACCAAAAGUAGGGGAGGCUGCUGAUCAACACUCGGUUGGGAUAAAAAGCGGAUGCGGAUAUGGAGCAGAACGGAUUGACGGAUGGUACUAAAACACUGAGCGGAUAUGAGAAUGAAACGCGGAUUGUGGGAUAUGUUCAUAUGCAUAGCGAUAAAACUACAUUUUGUGCCCAAUAUGUUUCUUAAAUGAACGUUUGGCAAAUGAAUGGAAAUUAGCCCUCCCAAAAAAUUAACAACAAAAAAUUAACAACUGUUCCGCCGCCACUGGGUGGAAACCUAGAAACUUGAAAUUUUGAAGAUACAUUAAAGUUUCAGAUUUAAUCUUCUACAUGCAAUUAUCUAUUUUAUGGGUGCAAUAUUCAUGCGUUUUUUACUGAAUUAUAUUUCAUUAAAUUUCCCUGCCAGUACUAGUAACUGCACAUAUUUUUUAUAAAAUACCUUACAGCAAUUCAAGCGUGUUAUUCCUUUCAAAAUAAAAUCCCAUACUGUCAGGCAUAUUGAACCUCCAGACAAAUUGCCUUCGCUUUAAACCUGAAGUUCCCUUGAAAUAUUUCGGGUAGUUCAGACACAAAUCACUGUAGCUUGCUGUAGGAUACUACUUACACUAGGGUUCUACAUUGGAGAUGUCUUUAUCGGGUAGUCCAGAUAUAAACCACGACAGGUUACUGUAUAGAAUACUCCUACAUAGAACAACCUACACACGCUUUUCAAGGCACUUUUAAGAGAGCUAAACUGCCCAUGAGCCCAUAAACUUUACUUGCCGAUUGAUGAUUCUCAUAUAUCUGUGAAUUUUUAACUAGAAUCUGCGUCAAAAACUGGCAUGAUUAUGGUGUUUGGUGAAAUCACGUCCAAAGCCGUAGUGGACUACCAGAAAGUUGUUCGUGGUACCAUCCAGCGUAUUGGUUAUGACGAUAGCAAUAAAGGUAUCGUGGAUUAACCCAACACUGUACCAAAUGAGCUGUGGAUAGGCAGAGUAAAAUUACAAUGUAGGAUGUUUAGGGUACAUUGCAACUUAUUGGGUUUUGACAACAAAAAGCCCCCCUCCCCCAUCAAUGACUAGCAUUUCCCCUUGACAAGUGAAAUUGGCUGGGGUUAGACAGAGUAAAAUCAAAAUAAACUGUGCACUAGGGCACAUUGCACCUUAAUGAUUAACAAGAAACACGGGCAGAAGGUAAGCCUGGAUAAUGCGUUCACAUAAAGAGACAUUAUUGUGACCGUUUAAAUAUGUACAGAGAUAUUAGCAAAAUAGUCUGGUUAACCAUUAACGCCCAACACUUUCCCCUUUAUAAGUUAACUUGUCUGGUGUUGGGCAGAUUAAAAGAGCAACAAAGGGUUCUUGUAGCUUAUGGAGUAAUCAAUAUUGCACAAGUGUCUUUCUUUAAUUAAUAAGUGAAAACAUCUAGCAUUUACGUUAUGUGGCCAGCGAUUAUAAUCUACGAAUUGAUUUUUAGGAUUUGACUACAAAACAUGCAAUGUGUUAGUUGCGGUUGAGCAACAAAGUCUCGAUAUUGCUGCAGGAGUUCACAAAGGACGGAAGGAUGAGGAAAUUGGAGCAGGUGAUCAAGGUCUGAUGUUCGGUUAUGCAACCGAUGAGACAGAUGAGUUAAUGCCCCUCACCGUCAUUCUGUCACACAAGCUGAAUGAAAAGAUGGCUGAUAGUCGUCGUGAUGGAUCAAUCCCAUGGCUGAGACCUGACACGAAGACCCAAGUGACUGUAGAGUAUAAGCAAGAAGAAGGUGUACUCGUACCACAGCGAGUUCAUACUGUUGUUGUUUCGGCACAACAUGCUGAAGAGGUUACAACAGAAGAAUUAAGGAAAGUAAUCAUGGAGAAAAUAGUUAAGGUUCGUCAUAUGAUUUAGUCAUUUGCAUAGAAGUGUAAGCACCUUAACUCGUUGAUUUCAUGUACAAGUACAAUCACAUUCCAAUUCAUAUUUAAUUUAUUUACAGAUUUAGUUCAAUACAAUUUUAUGUGUAAUUUGUGCCAGAAUGUAAAUAUUGUAUAUUGGCAGGUUUCAGUAAGCAUUACACUGGGCAGAAGAUCGACAGGUGGCCAAAUUCAGAAAUGUUGACACAUAUAUAGAAGCAAGAAAAUUAAACUAAAUCUUGUAAUUUUAUUCAUUUGACUUUCAAAUACAAAAAUAAAACAUCUUAGCCGUAUGGUACUAUUACUCUAAAUUAACCACCAUCUGUUGUACCCACCUAUAGAACCUUAAGUAAAAAUUGUUUUUUGAUGUGAUUUCAAUACAGGAAGUGAUUCCAGCCAAGUACCUGGAUAAGAAGACAAUCUACCAUAUCCAACCAUCAGGAAGAUUUGUGGUCGGAGGUCCGCAAGGUGAUGCUGGUCUCACUGGGCGUAAGAUCAUUGUGGAUUCAUACGGUGGGUGGGGAGCACAUGGAGGAGGCGCUUUCUCUGGGAAAGACUCGUCUAAGGUAUUGUAUUGACUGUUAUAUCAACAGUCGAUUAAUAAAUGAUUAACCAACCAUAUUGCAUGAAUCAUAAGAUGCUACAAAUGUCUGUCCCUUCAAUAAAAUCCAUAUUGGUCAUUUUAAGCCACAGCCGUGCACUUUCAAGACAUGUCCACCUUUUUAAAACUCAUAAAAGCAGUAAUUUAUGCCAACUUGCACAAAAUGGUGGCCAAAAUUCAAUUUUGCCCAUGCAUUCUCCAAACUUUUCAAUCUGCAUGUCUACCUAUAUAAAGGGACAUUACUAAACCACGAAACAGCGAAACGAAACAGCGAAACAACGAAACAGCGAAACAACACGUUUUAUAUUAUUUUUAGUAAAAGAAAUAAACUACAUUUAAGUCAAACUACAAGGAAGUUAGACGAGAUUAAAUCCUUAAAGUUACAACGCCAUCAGCACAGAAUUCAUAAAAGUAACAAUUUAAUUUAAUACUAAUAGUCUCACGUAUUAAUCUUUAUUAUCGAAUAUUGGGAAGGAUAGAAAUUCUUCUGCUUUUCGAAUAUUAUCAAAGUUUCCUCGGUUAUAAUUUCUUUGAAGUUUUCAUGUUGUUUUGACAUUAAAUUUUGGCUGUGAAACGAGCAUGUGUGUGGCCGGGUAGCCUGCGAACAGGCUCUCAAGCUGAAUUGAGAGCCUGCAUCGAUGACUAAUGAAUUUGAAUAUCUGCGUCUCAAAUCGUGACGCGAAAUUCUCAUUGGUCAGAUGCUAUAAUUUAUAUGUUUCCGCUGAGCUCUAUAUAUGUCAACUGUUGAAGCACUAUGCAUAAAAAACACAUUAACUGAUCAAAUUGGUCUUGACCAUCUUAUCUCAAAGCACGAAAUGUUCUGUUUUGAGAAAACAGUAUUUAAAACAUUUGAACUUUUGCUUCAAUAUCUUGUAUUUCGAAAAACAGUAUAAACUGUACGUCUAAAUUUAGUUUGCACGGUCUAAAUUUAGUUUGCACGAAAGUUGUAAACAACACCAUAUAAGGAUAUACAUUCCAUAUUUGGAAAAACGAACGUUACGGGGCAGAUAUUCAAAUUCAUUAGUCAUCGAUGCAGGCUCUCAAUUCAGCUUGAGAGCCUGUUCGCAGGCUAGUGGCCGGGGUGCUCGGUCAAAACGGCUCCAAGUCAAAACGACUCCAAGUCAAAACGACUCCAAGACCAAGUCAAAACGGCUAUUACAUGCCUUGAAAAUUAUUAUGCAAAUAAAAUUAUUAUUACACGAGUUCAAACUAUAAUAGGUUUUAUGACAAAAUUAAUUUGAGGAUUAGGUAAUUUAGAUUGUAAAUAUUGAACUAUAUGGAGUUAUUUUAUUCAAAUAUUCAUCUAUGCCUAUGUUGUUACUUUAUUCAAAUAUUCUCAUUAUGAAAUUGUAUCGGAUUUUUAAGUAUUUUAGUCUUUUUGGUGCCUAUUACAAUAUUAACUAUUGGGCCUCCUAUGCCUAUAGAUUUGUAAAGAUUUCACUAAUACUUAAUUGUAAUAAAACAUACCGUACAUGAAAACAUUCUUCAAUUUGGGUAAACGUGUCAUAGUUUUGAUGCUUAUUUUACUUUUACCUACUGAGACAAUUAUGUGCUGACGCCGUAAUGGCGUUGUACGGUUGUAACUUAAUAAUUAAGGAUUUAAUUUCAUCUCGUCUAACUUCGUUCUAGUUUGACUUAAAUAUAGUUUAUUCCUUUUACUAAAAAAAAGUGUUGUUUCGCUGUUUCGUUGUUUCGUUUCGCAGUUUCGUUGUUUCGUUUCGCUGUUUCGUUGUUUCGCUGUUUCGUUUCGCUGUUUCGUGGUUUAGUAAUGUCCUAUAUAAAGUCGAAUUUUGAUAGCCAGUGUGAGUAUAUUUUGUGAGAGAUAACAGUAUGACGUAAAUAUUACAUGCAUAACGCUGUGUGUUUCAGGUGGACCGCUCAGGAGCCUAUGCUGCAAGAUGGGCGGCGAAGUCUCUUGUAGCAGCAAAACUUUGCAAACGUUGUCUUAUUCAAGUUUCGUACGCCAUUGGUGUUGCAGAGCCUCUGUCAAUCACUGUGUUCUCGUAUGGUAGUGGAAAGAAAACUGAUGAGGAAUUAUUAGGAAUUGUGAAAAAGAAUUUCGAUUUUAGGCCUGGUAUUGUGGUUAGGUAAAGAACAAUGAUUAGUUUUUUCUCUUGUUUGAUCCUGUACUGUAUACCUCUGCAUGGGGAGAACAAUUUAGAACUGGCAGAGUUAUUCAGGUUAAAUAGACUUAUUUCAGGUAUAAUUUCCUCCUGUGGUUACACUGGACUAAUAAGAUAUGUUUCUUGCUGGACAUCUAGAAAGAAAAUUAGAUAGAAUAGAGCAUAUCCGUUUAAUUAACCGGUUUAAUUAACACCAAAUGUGUUUUGUGUUCACAGAGAUUUGAAGCUGAAACGUCCAAUUUUUGAAAAGACCUGUAUCUAUGGACAUUUCAAACCAGGAGAGGACUUCACCUGGGAAAAUCCAAAAAAGCUCGUGAUCUAAUGGACAAGUCGGUUCAAAGAAACUUUAAAUUAAAUCUUUCUAUCUUUAAAAAUGCGUCAAUUGAUUUAGCAGAUAUUUUGAGUAUUUCUGUCACAUGUAAUCAAAAUUACUGUUUUGUUACGCAGCUUGUAUCUGAAGAUAGCAUUUGAUUUGAUUUGAUUAUUAUAUAGAAAUACAGUAUAUUAAAUUUAACGUAAAUUUACUGUCAAAUGUUGGUAGUUUUAUUAAUAUAUCAUUAUAAAUUUCACCAUUUCUAUGGUUUAGUACUAUAUCUACUGUUUCCUAUAUAGGAGUAACACCUGCAAAGUGCACGAGUGUAUUCUUUUACAUGCCAUGGCCAGUUUUUCAAGUUGUUAAGAGGAGAUUUUUUUGUAUGUUAUACGUAACAAGCGCUCAAAACUAAUGUGUAUAAUAUGCCACUUGAGGUUAAUGACUAAAUAAAAAUUUUUAUUUUUCGAUACGUUUCUCAAUCGGCAAACAAACUUAAAAAGUAUGUUUGGUGCUUUAUCUGUAGAAUAAUGCUAAAAUGAAGAGAUUUUAGAUGAUACGCCAAAGAGAAAAUGAUGUCUGAAGUUCAGUAAGUUUUGCUUAUAUGGCUGUAAAUAUGGCGUCAAUUUUAAAGCAUCAUUGAUAAUUGUAUUUUAAUAUUAUUUUACGUUUCUCAACCGGCAGAUACAUUUAAAAAGGUUGUUAACUCUAUAAACUAGAGAAUAAAGCUAAAACAAAGUAAUUUUGAGAGGAACGCCAAAAAGAUUUUAGGUUUUGAACACUUUUCAUCGCAAAUACAUGACAUUGAAAAAAAUAGUCUCUUA